UGCUUAUGUGCACUUUUGCGUGAAGCUUUUUACAAUUUUUUUGUUUACAAACAAAAUUUCUUAUCAGUUUUUUCGGGAAAUUUGAAUUUUUUUUCGAAGCAUGAUGAUGAAAAUUUGAAAUGAAAUUGAAUCUGAAAAGUUAAAUGGUUACGAUAACUAGAUUGUUUUUAGAGAAGAAAAGCACCGUAUACGGAGAAAAACAUCAAGUAACUCAGUUACCAUAUUUUAGAAUUUAAAUCACAAGUACCGGUACGAAAUACAGAUAUGAGUGGUGAAACCAAUUCAGAAAGGAACGGAAAAAGAAAAAACACCGCUCCUGAAAAACACCAUGGUAAAAAACCUAAAACUAAACCAAAUUUUGAAUUUGGAAAUUACAACCAAUACUAUGGUUACCGUAAUAUUAACGAAUGCGUUGAUCCCAGAAUAGCAGCUUUUCAUCGACGAAAGGAACUCUUCGAGAAUAAGGACGUUCUCGACAUCGGUUGUAAUAUUGGUCAUGUUACCUACAUUAUAGCACGGGAUCUAAAUCCUAAAUCAGUUCUCGGAAUCGACAUAGAUAAUUCAUUAAUCAAUAUAGCGAGAAAAAAUCGUCGACAUUAUUGCAACAAUUUGUCAUCAACGUCAACAUGUGUUCCUAAUAGUGUGCCAGAAUCUGAAAAUUCUCAAAAAUCUUCUGAAAAUGGCAACGUUUUAAUGAAAAAAGAAACUGAUUCACCAACUCCAGCUCUUUCUAACGAGAGUACCAUUCGAUGUUUACAGUUCCCUGAUAAUAUUUCUUUCAUUCACGGUAACUACGUUCUCGAUCAUGAUAAUCUUCUCGACUUAGAAGAGCCACAAUAUGAUGUAAUUUUAUGCUUGAGUGUCACUAAAUGGAUACAGUUAAACUGGGGAGAUGAUGGACUAAAACGUGUAUUCAAGCGAGUUUACUCUCAGCUUCGUCCUGGAGGUGUAUUCAUCUUGGAAGCGCAACCUUGGGAAUCGUACAGGAAAAAGAAAUUAAGCGCUAAACUGAAAUCGAAUUGUCGUGAUAUAACAUUUUACCCUCGCAUGUUCAAAGACUAUCUACUUUCUGAGAUCGGUUUCCUUAGAAAUGAAAUCUUGGAAAUUCCAAAUCACAAUUCCAAAGGGUUUCAACGACCGAUUGGAUUAUAUUAUAAAAGAUGAUGGUUUGUAGUCCUGUGUUUUAUUGUUAUAAAAACUAUUGGAUCUGGUACAAGGUACUAAUCCUCUUAUUACGUUUCAAACGGAGAUUGUAAAAUUAUGCGAUUGUGAUAAUUAUAUUUUUUUACAUUGAAAUAAU